AUCUGUCUAUAAAAACACCGAAUCAAAUCAUCGGUAGAUGGAAGUUUAUCGCAAAAUCAUUUGUUUAUAAAGUUUGAGCCAAUAUUUGUUUAUAAUUAGAAAUUUGUGUUCACAAAUAGUAAAUUCGUCCGGAAUAUGUGAAGUGCUAUCAAAUUCAUUCAGUUAUGUCGACAUCUGAUUACGAUUUGAAUGUAAACAAAUCUCCGAUCGAUUCAGAAUCCGUGGAUGCUAAUUCCAAGCCCAUGGAGCAGUCCGCUCUCAUAUAUAGUGAAGAAUAUGUAGAGACUCAGCAAAUUAUUCAUGAUCAUCCAAUGAGCCCUCCAGUGGUUUCGGCCCCGAGGCCAGAAUCUGCAAAAGGUUCCAGACCCAGCACGCCUAGACCAAAAUCUCCCAUUUCGAAAAAAGAAUCAGAAAUGACUUAUGGAGAAACAUGUCCGUUUUUACCUAACUACAAUACCGAGUGUGAUCUGGCAGCAACAACUGCGCCAUCUGAAUUACUACCUCAAAUAGAUUCCUCUACAACAUGUUCGAAAACCGAAGAGAAACUUGCUGAAGAACCUGAUGUGAAAAAAGAAACAGCGAAGGUGAAGAAAGGAAUACCAGUGAAGGGAAGAUUUUUGUCUGGAAUUCCAAAGAAGAGCGAAACUAUCCAAAGCAACUCCAUUAUUCCAGUGAAAAUAACCAAACAAUCGUCGAAACUCUCAAUAAAACCUUCGAGGACGAGUUCAUUCUGCAAAUCUCAGCUUAGAACACCAAAAACGGUGACAAACAAACAUACAUUGGAAAUGCAGUUCUUGAACAAACACAAAAAACUGAUUCAAUACAAGAAAGAAUUAUCGGAAAAGCAGAGACCGGUCAUGGAUUUAUACCAGAAUCUACUGGAGAUCAAAAAACAAUUAGCAGAAUUCGGUAAGAGUGUUGAACUCGAAGAAAUAAAGUUCGUUUCAAUGGAGGAACCGAAAAAACAUAGUGACCACCCUUGCGGAGAUGUUCUCAAUCAGGAGAUUGUACAAAACAUGAAAACUUCCAUCGAAGAUAUUCCCAAACAAUUGAUGGGUGUUUGCCAGAACCUAGUUGGUCGACGGGCAGCUAUCGUUGAGCUUCUAGAGAGUGUUUCUCAAGCAGACAUCGAACCAACUGAGCUUACCGAUAAGAUUGAAACAUUGAAGGAUGAAGGUAAGGAUCUGAAAAAUUCCCUGGAUCUUCUCAUUGCGCAAUCUGAAGAACGCAUAACGGAAUUAGUGAAAAACUGGUAUACUCUCCUUGAUAGCAAAAACCAAGAAACAAGUAAUAUGAAAUUGGAAGAAUACGAAUCUCAAAUUAGGCAGAAGGAUGCCAUGGUACAAGAGUCCAAACAAGUUAUAUUGGACUUACAGAAGAAAUUAGAAGAGAAGAGAAAUCUUCAUGAAAAGACGAUAUGCGAAUGCGAAAUCACCAUCAAGGAAUACACAGAGAAUAUAAAGAAAUUGAACCAUGAGCUAGAAUGUGAGAGGAGAAGUAUGACAGAAGUCAAGACAAGAAAUGCAGGAAAUGGGCAGACAAUAAAAAAUUUGCGUCAGAAAUUGAACGAAACUGAAUCGAAACUCAAAGAUGUCGAAAGUAAAAAUACUGAUUUGUCUAAAAAACUUAAAACUAGCCAAGAUCAACAACGACAAAAGGAAAAUAUAUGGUUUAAAGAAAAAGAGGAGAUGCAGAAGAAUAUAAAGGAACAGGACAAGCUUUUGAGCAAAUUAACCGAUGACAGGAACAGUUUUCAAACGAGAUUGGAGGUAACACAGAACAAAAAGAAAAUCGAUGAGGAUACAUUGAGGACCGAAAUGGAGGAACUGAAAUCAAAGUUGGAAAAAACUGAGAAAGAUCUCGAUAAAAUUCGUAAAGAAAAAACUGAAGCUAUUGAGAAGUACGAAUCCUUGGAGGGGGAACUUCAAAGACUUGGACAUGAACAUGAAAAAAAUAUGGAUACUAUUUCAAAACAAAUGGACUGGGGAAAAUCGAUACCUUGCCCUGAUGCCCAAGCAGAACUUUACAGUGAACUCUUAGCUACCAAAGUCACCCUUCGGGAACAGGAAGAGAAAAUUAAAGCGUACGAAAAGGAAAACGCGAGGUGGGCUGCUGAACGUUCAGACUUGCUUGACAGAUUAGAAAAUAUUCACAAUACCCCAGAUAUUAGAAGGCAGGAGGAGAUUAUAGUUAAAUACAAGAAUAUGCUACAGGAAAAUGAAAUGAAACUGAAUGACAAAUCUAUUGAGGUAGCCAAACUCAGCGCUGAAUUGAAACAUCUUAAAAUUCGCCAAGACGCAUUGGAGGAGCAAAAUCUCAAUUGUCCCACAGACGAACUGAGGAAAAUGGUAGCUGAUGGCAGACAAAAACUCAGUGAGAUAAUGAAGAAGUCAAUGGAAAAUGAGCAGAAAUUGGCAUGCUAUGAAAGUACUAUUGAGAAGCAGCAUAAACAAAUGAAUGAAAUGGAGAACUUACUAAGAGUCAGAGAUGGACUAAUAGGGAUGAUCAAGGCUAAAAAAGAUGAACUGCUUAUGGAGAAGGAAAGCCUCACCAGAUAUUGCAAGGACGUUAGGAACAUGUUGGCAGAGACACGUGAGGAUUUAAAAGUAAAAUCCGAGGUCAUUAGAGAUCUUCAAGAUAAGCUAGAGAAAAAGGAGAAAACCGUAGUAGUCCUAGAAAAAAAAAUCAGAGAACUGGAAGAGAACCUGGCAUACACUAACGAAAAACGAUUCAAGCUUCAAGACACAAUAGGUACUAUGGAAAAAGAGCUCCAAUCUACCAAGGCGCAUGUCAACCAAAUGGCCGAGUUACAAUCACGGUAUGAUCUCGGUAUGACAAAUUCAAAAAACAAUAUUUUGAAAGAAAUGUCUUCGCAAAACCCUACUUUUGAGAGUUUAACCUUUCAUCAGCCGAAUGGCGAGUUCAAUCUCGAUCUUCCAAUCCGGGAAAUGGAUUGCAUCAGACGACGACUUUACAAACUUAGCAAUUUUCAAUUACCAGUCGCAUUGAGUGACGAGAAAUCGCGAGACAAAACUAAUUCCUGCAAUGUAUUGCAUUCAACUCAAAGUCUGUAUACCUUCUCCAACAAGAAUACGUACCAGAAAAUGAUCGAGCUUGAAUCAAAAAGGUAUGAGAUUCUUCAAAAACAAACAGACGAGUCCUAUGAAAACUUGAGCUGCCUUUUAAGGCUUUCCAUACCAUCUGAAAGUCCUGUUAAGGACAAAUAUAACGUUGUAACAGAAUCUGAUGCAACCUCUUUGGUUACAGGAAACAACUUGUUGGGCGAAUUUGACAAUCCCGUAAAAGUCAGUAAUUUUAAGAAAUUUGGCCUGAAUCCGAAACUACAUUUCAACAAAAUUUAUUUGUCACAUUUGUCGGAAACUUACAAAGACCUCAAUGACUCUUUAACAAUAAUCAAGAAUACUUUGACAGAAGUUGAUGAAAUGAAAAACUCUCGAGAAAAAUGAUCAACUCAUUGUAUAGCUGUUUAAUGAUAAUUGUUAAAUUUCAAUAAAGUGAUCGACUGAA